CAUUUCGGGCUACUGGAGGCUGAUUCGCCCAAUAAUACAAACAAGCCGCCGGACAUAGUGGAAUCGGUUGAACAUGCGAAUAAACGCUUGCUUGUGAUUUAACAUAAACUCAGCCUCCAUGAAUGCACGCUGUUAUUGUUUCUGCACUCUUUCGGAAGUGUCAGGGUUUGAUUGCGCAUGAACCGGGAUAAAUAUCCAGCACGCGUGUCAAAUAGCUCAUCCUAGAGAAGGAAACGCACAGUGGACAUUCACUUCUUGUCACUUGCGUGUUGGCAUGGGACGAUAACCAUUUUCAAGAUAUACCACGGUUUGGAAAAGUCAAGGUUUUAAAACCGCCAACAUAUUCUGUAAUACCGUUCCUAAGUAACACUCCAGUAUGGCGGACAGUAUGAUGAGUAAAGCAGCCACUAUGGAGAUUCCUAUUAGCAGUAAUGGGGACUCUCGGAAUCUGGCAGAGGAUGACAGUUUGGAGCAGGCUGCAAAGAUUCAGUGGAGCUUAAGAGAGAAGGUAGGGAGUCCCGCAGGCCUCAGGGACUUGCAGCAGGUAAUGGUGUCUGGGCCCAACUUAAAUGAGACCAGCAUCGUAUCAGGUGGUUAUGGAGGUACAACAGAGGGCAUCAUUCCAACCAGCUCCAUCAAAGGCCCUGCAGUCCAUAUUAAUACUGAUUUUCUGGGCAACAGACGCAUUCCAAAUGAAGGGCAAGGGUCUAAUAUGGAUUACGCCGGUAGCAAUUCCUCCAUGACAGCAGAAGAAGCCACAAGAGGCGUUGCUGUGGAGAAAUUUGACAUAAUGAAGAAAUGGGGUCUGAACACAUACAAGUGCACCAAACAAAUGAUCUCUGAGAGGUUUGGCCGAGGAUCACGUACUGUGGAUUUGGAGCUGGAGGCUCAGAUUGAGGUUUUGCGGGAAACCAAACGGAAGUACGAGAAUGUGCUGCGUUUAGCACGAGCGCUAACCAACCACUUUUACAGCAUGGUGCAGACACAACACGCCCUUGGAGACACUUUUGCCGACCUCAGUCAGAAGUCUCCAGAACUUCGGGAUGAGUUUGGAUACAAUGCAGAAACGCAAAAGUUGUUGUGCAAGAAUGGAGAGACUCUGCUUGGUGCCAUCAAUUUUUUUGUGUCCAGCAUCAACACGCUUGUGAACAAAACGAUGGAAGACACACUGAUGACUAUCAAGAUGUAUGAGAAUGCCAGGCUGGAGUUCGACGCGUACAGGGCAGAUCUGGAGGAGUUGAACAUGGGCCCACGGGACGCUGUUACUAUGGCUCGUAUCGAGGCUGCUCAGCAGCAGUACCAGAUCCACAAGGACAAAUAUGAACGUCUCCGCAGUGAUGUCACCAUCAAAAUCAAGUUCCUGGAAGAAAAUAAGGUCAAAGUGAUGCACAAGCAACUUCUGCUGUUCCAUAAUGCCAUCUCUGCCUACUUUGCUGGAAACCAGCAGCAGCUGGAACAGACCCUCAAGCAGUUCAACAUUAAACUCAAACCACCAGGGGACGACAAACCCUCUUGGCUGGAGGAACAGUGAAAGUGCUCCGUUACCCCUGGUUUCCUGUUGUAUUUCUUUAGCCCCGCAGAGCAACACAGUAGGACCCCGAGAGACCAGCGAUCUGAGAUGCUAGAAGAGACAAGGCUCCAACAGAGAGCCCCUUUCACACUAACUCUCUUUACACUUCCUUAAUUCUUCUCCUUCUCAUCCUAUUCUUGCUCUGAGACUGUUUUCAAGUGUCUGAAUUGUCACCUCUGGUAUGUGACCAGUCCUUAGAGCUCCAAUCAAAUGUCAAGGGUAUCCAGUGCAAGCUUCAUCCUUAUAAAUGUCAUUAAACCGGCUGAAACAAUCCAUCUGAUAUAUCAGUCAGAACAGCAGACAAUUCUCAAUAUUCUCUCUGUCAGUGACCACGAUUCGAUGAAUGGUUUCCUUUUUUUAGUUUGUUUCUGUAAAAAUAACUUUAUUUCCUUUUAUUUUAUUUUGCUACUGCCCCCAUCCCCUCAUCUGUCUUGUAGCUGAUGAAGGAUGCAUAUCAUUCCUUUCACAGAGUUUCAGUUUUAGUGGUUCUGAUUUUAAUUAGUUAAAACCAGAUACAGAUUUAUCUGAUAUCGGCAUUGCAUCCUUUGUACAUUUAUUAAGCCACAAGAAUACCGUAGAGUCAAUGCUUGUUCAGUUGAGUCUCGUGUGUAUAUAUAUAUAUAUAUAUAUAUUCUGAAUUAUUAGAUUUAAUAUCUUAAAACGAGCCCAAUUUUAAGUAAUAUUAAACUAAAAUAAAGAAUUCUUUGAACUUUUCUGGACAAACUUUCACCCAAUGUGGGUGUAUAGUUGCUUGCACAUUUUAAAAAAACUCCAGAAUGAAGGAUGAAUCUAAAAAUCAGCGUCUCCAGUCAAUAUCGUCAUGUUUUAAAAUAAAGAAAUCAGAUUUUUUUAAUGCAAUUUUGUAAAAAUGAUUUGUUCUCACAAUUAUAGUUUACUGUAGUAUUAUGCACCAAUGCAUAAUCCUGUAAGAUGUUUGUUGGUUUAUUGUAAUCAUUUUGAGUUAAUAAUCAAAAGUAAUCAAGGAAGUAUAUGUAUGAGUUUAGAUUUUUUUUAAACACGGGCCAAUGGUUGUGACCCAAAUUAUCUGCCUCUUUCUCUAUGUGCACUAAAGUUUAUGUACUGACUUGUGUUUUGUCAGGAUUAGAAAAAAACAAACAAACAAACAAAAAUAAUAAUAUUCUGCCAUUCUGAAUUCAAAUGCUGUCUUUCCUGUUCCGAUGCAUCCUGUUUAACCCCUUUUAUUCUUGCAUAUAGCAUUCUACCUAAAAUACAGUUGUUUACCCUUUAGAAAGUGUUUUUUAAACCCUAUUUUUACGUUUCAUUUCCUUUGAAAUUUGUGCUUACACCCCCCAUCACCCCGCAGCAAUUUCAAAAUACACUUUGUUGCUUCUUCUCUAAACAGACUGCAGCUAUAAGAUCUAAAGUGCAGGCUGUCCUAUAACUUCAUGUCACUAUUUUUUAAAAUGUCAUUAUAUAAGACUGAAGUAACAACUAUGAUCUAAUGUUCAGCACUUGUGAACAUUGCACUAAAUCUUUUUAAGCUUGAGAUGAAGCAAUACUGAAGAUGUUUUUAGAGUGUAUUUUCAUGUAUGCCUGCAUUGGAUGUUCCCUGUGUGUUUUUGCAUGGCAGGUCUGAUGACAUCCGUUGUACAUUCCCGUGCAUUGAGAUUCAAUCCUCUUCAGUGCUUCAGUUAAACACUGUGGGUAGUAGUGCAAGAAAACAAUGUUUCUAGAAGGAAUGAGAAAGGUUUCUUGAGAAUGUUAAAGGAUGCUUGAAAUUGUUUUGAAUGUCACCUGCUGAACAUCAUGUUGUUGUUUUUUUAUUUAAAAAAAAAGUGUUUUUAUGGACCACUCCAUAACCACAGAAGAGAGACUCUAGGGGUUUUUGUUUUUGAUGUUUUUUUUUAACAUCUUGACAUUUGUUGGGCAGUAAAAAUGGAAGUCAGUGUUUCUUUUUUUGUCAGAGAAAAGUAUUUCGCACCCUACAAAGACUGAACUGAUCCAUGAAGUGAUGGACAUUUGUUCCAAAGCAACAGGAUUUUAAAUUUAGACCCCCACAACACUAAACCCCUGGAUGGAUAUAUUUGUCCCAGUACAUUUCUUUUUCUUAUAGAUAAAAACAAAUGCAUCCAUUACAUUUGUUUGUUGUUGUUUUUGGGGAGUAUAAUCAUUAUUAUUAUCAUUUUGAUUUCUGUUAGCAAGUGUUUGACUUUGCUUACUCCAUUAUUAGGCCUGGUUUUUGAAUGCAAAAUGAAAGGGUUUUAAAUAUUACCGUAUUUAUGUACAAUCAAUAUUUUAGGCUGCUUUGUGAUAUUGUAGUGUAUGAAUGACUGUAUGUAAAGAUGAGACAGAUUUUGAAACUGGAAUCCCAGGAUGUUAGCCUUUGACCAACAACAAAUGAACAAGAACCCACCAGAUAAAAAUUUUAAAAGUUUGCAAA